CUGGGUUUGGUUGUAGCCUAGCCUUCAGUGGUCCGCCGGGGAUGUUUGAAUCGAAAAUGAAAAGAACUGGCUUGUGUUCGAAUGAGUUGGAUUGUUUCGUUCUGAAUCGAUAACAAUUGGAACGCGUCUCCCUGGCAACCGCAUCUUCUGCGAUUUCCACAGUGUUCGUUUAGAACGUUUAGUUGAACUUUGUGCCAGUUUUAAACUCUUUCAUUGCGUCCUUUAGGCAUGGAUGUCUCGACGUGCUUCUGGUUUUUGUCGCUUUGCACGUGUCUGGCGCACGGAAAACCCACUCUCAGGAAAGAAAGAGUUCUUCACGAGCCUGAACUGAGCAGAGAGCCCCACGAAGAUAACCAGAGCUAUCAGUACGACCACGAGGCCUUUCUGGGCAAAGAGGAGGCCACCACAUUUGAUCAGCUCACCCCAGAGGAAAGCAAAGCCAGAUUAGGGAAAAUAGUAGAUCGUAUUGACAGCAACGCGGAUGGAUAUAUCACUGUUGAUGAACUCAAGUCCUGGAUCAAGAGAGUUCAGAAGCGCUACGUCUAUGAGAACGUUGCAAAGGUCUGGUCUGACUAUGACCUGAACAAAGACAACAAGAUCUCGUGGGAUGAAUAUAAGCAAGCAACGUACGGUUACUACCUUGCCAAUCCAGAGGAGUUUGAGGAUGCAACCGAUCAGUUCAGCUUCAAGAAGAUGCUUCCGCGAGAUGAACGUAGGUUUAAGGCUGCAGAUCUCAAUGGCGAUUUAGCUGCAGAGCGAGAGGAGUUCACUGCUUUCCUCCACCCAGAGGAGUUUGAGCACAUGCAGGAAAUUGUGGUUCUUGAAACUCUGGAGGACAUUGACAAGAAUGGAGACGGUCAUGUAGAUGAGGACGAAUACAUUUCGGACAUGUUUGCUCAUGAAGAUGGCGGCCCAGAGCCCGACUGGGUUAGAACAGAGAGAGACCAGUUUUCAGAUUUCAGAGAUCUGAAUAAAGAUGGGAAGAUGGAUUUAGAAGAGAUUCGUCACUGGAUCCUGCCGCAGGACUAUGAUCACGCGCAGGCAGAGGCCCGGCAUCUGGUGUACGAGUCGGACACGGACAAGGACCAGAUGCUGACCAAAGAAGAGAUUCUUGAGAACUGGAACAUGUUUGUAGGCAGCCAGGCCACCAACUAUGGCGAAGACCUUACUAGGAACCACGAUGAGCUUUGAACCCGAGGGUGUAGAACUCUACCUGAGGACCCAGGUACUGAACUGAGAACUGAACCUCCAUGGCAUCCAUAAAGCCAUGCCAGUGACUGACGAACUGACUGAUGUACUGCAGCUCUACCUCACAGACUGGACAUAGAGGAAUCACUGACCGAUGGCUGUGCUCCCUAACACACACUUAGGCUUUCCUCUUUCACACUAUGUUCUUUUUGUGUGUGGUCAAGGAACUCUUCUGUCCUGGUUGAUUGAGCUGCUACGGAUUUCUUCAGCUGAAGCUGAGCCUUUUUUUUUCUUUUCUAAAGCAAUCAUAGGACGAAGCCUGUGCCUAUUUUUGUCUGGUGAGGAUAUAUUGGAACAAACAUUCUAUUUAUUUAGAAUUUUAACUGCAUUUCAUGUUUUGAUAAUACAACUCUGUUACUACAGAAAGCACUACAAGUUAGUGUUGAUAUACAGUUAUACAUACAGUACACUAGACAUGUAAUUAUCUUGUAGAUUAUCACAGAGUUCCCAUUGCUGACUGACCGUAUUUCCAUAUGUCUUAUGUUUUGUCAAACUCUACAUGUUCUAAACACAGCUGCAUCUGAUGCAUUAUUUUCCUGUCUUUUUGCACACGUGUUUUUGCAAAUGUCUGGUAAAAUUCAGCCCUACUCAGACAGUAAUUAUAACUCUGUCUUAUUUUAUGAGAUUAGAUUUGAUGACACACAAGCCCCUUUCACACAGUAAUACCAGUAAAUUGCCAUAAAAUUACCAGAACGACUUUACCGUUUUUUUUUUAAAGAUCCUGUAUACACAUGAUCUCUUUACAGCAAUUUACCGGUAAUUUUUCGGAAAAGUCUGUGUGUGUGAAAGGGCUUAUAGUGUAUGAAGUGUGUUUGUGUAUACACUACUGUUCAAAAGUUUGAGGUCAAGAAAUGAAUGCUUUUAUUUGCCAAGGAUGCAUUAAAUUGUCCCAAGUCAGAAGGAAGACAUUAAAUACAAAUAUAAAACUACUUUUUUAAAUUGUGAUAAGUUUCACAAAAUGAUUUUUACUGUAUCUUUGAUCAAAUAAAUGUAGCCUUGGUUAUCAUCAGAGAUUUUAAAUCGUACCGACCCCAAACAAUUGAAUAGUAGUGUAUACUGCCAUGUAUGACCUGUUUUAACGGUCUACAUCAGGGCUAUUCAAUUAGCUUCAUUUGAGGACGGAUUAUCCCAUUUAAAAAAUAAAGGGGGUGGGGGGCCAUCGUGAUAUCUUUCUGGAGGGGGGCUAUACAAUUAGAAAUUAAAGUGAAAUGCAAAUUCAACAGUAAAAUGAACUAAUAUUACCAACAUCAACAUCUAUAAAAGAUUAACAUUAGUGCUGUGUGUGGAUUGUCGAGCUUUCUCUCAACUCUUGAUCAUUUAGGACUUUAUAAGUCUAUUAAGAACGUGGUCUCUCACCAAAACUGCUCAUUUUUACAUAAUUGUGUGUUUUUUUAUUUCUCACUUAAUUUUACCAGACAUUCAACAAAAACUCAGAUGACUACAAAUUCUUACCUAGUUUUCAUUUUUAUGUAAUGUUAUAGUAGAUUUCUAUCACCAAGAGUCUAUUUCCGUUGUUUCUUUUUUUUUAUUGUUGUAAUUUUUUUUUUUUUUUCACAGGGGUUUGCAUGAAUUUGUUUAUCUUGUGAAAAUGCUUUUAUUUUAAUUUAAUUUACGAAAUUAUGCCAUGUUGUUAAAAACCUGCUGGAGUAAUAAAGGAGGCGAAACAUCCUCCAACUGUCUGCCAAUAAAAUGCAACAAACACUUUUCAUUUGAGACUAUAUUUUCUUUUUCUCAGUGAUACUUUACAAAAAAGUACAUAUCUUUCAUAAAAUUUUCAAGUUGGUUUUGAUUUUUGUAUUUUAUUUAUUUCACGUUGUGACUAACAGUGCCCUUCUUGCUUGCUUAUUAUUCUUAUUAUUUUUUUUGUCUGUUUAAUCAUUCUAAGACAAUCACAAAAACCAGGCCUAAAUUGCUUCAAAAUAACUCCAACUCCAAAAUAACCAAGUAAGAGUGAUAUGACAUUUGAAAUCAGUAUUUCAGCAUUUUUAUAACUAUUUGGUCUACUUUUUCACAUUUACUAGCUGGGUUUGCAUUAUAUAAUGCAAAAGAGGGAAGUAAAUUCAACUUGGCAUCUAAUACCUCAGGCAAAACUGCAGCUCCAUCUGUUUACCUCCGGUGAUUUUUAAUGUAGAUACUGUACUAUCAGAUGUCCUAAUGCAUAUCUGCAGCCCAAGCGUACAUCAAGUAAGAUGCCCAGCAGAAGGCAAUCACAUCAUUUCAUGAAGAUAAAACAUUGUCAAAGCGAGUAAGCUUAUUAAUGUUAGGAUUUCUGGGCCUUCUGAACCACUGCCUAAAGGUUGAGAAUACAGUUUGUCGUCUUCUCCCCUUCCAGCAUAUUUUUUUUACGUGUCUCAGGUUUUGAGCCUUGAGCAGAAAUUACCUCUGUUUUCAUGUUUUCCUCCUCUUCAGUAGGCCAGAUUUUACAUAAAUGUGUAUUUGGCCUGAAAAUAGUUAGUAGGCAAGACUUUUGUCUUAAAGGCUUGCAUUGGCAUACAAUAUAAUAUAAUGUAUUGUAACUAUAACUAAAAUGUAUUGUAAUGAAAUAUGUGUUUUGUGUGUUACUGAAUGAAGUAUUUUCCUUCCUCUA